CUGACCAUAUCGUAUUAAAUAUGAUGACAUCGGCUUAUUUUGCUCAUAGUUUGCAUGUCAAUAAAUGAAUAAUCAUCAUUUGCUUAACCUGUUUUUAGUUUACUUUUUGGGACGAUAACCAAUGUUAUGAAGAAUUUAAACUGGAUUUUAAAAAAUGCAAAAUUUUCCUAUUUUUAUGGUUAUUUUAUCAAUACCAGCAUUAACGAAAAGUCAAAGUGGAGACCAUUUAUGUGGAAGUGAAUUAACACUUAUGUUAGAACUAGUAUGUGGAGGACAAUACUUUGGAAGUGCUAGUCAUUCAAAACGUUCAUCGCACCUUUUUUCUAUUAAUGACAAUAACAUGAAAUCACCUGAGAUUCUAAAAGCGGAAUUCAAAUCUAUAAAUAUAAAGAAACGAAGUGGCGUCGUAGAUGAGUGCUGUGUCAGAAGUUGCACAUUUGAAACUUUACAGUCUUAUUGUCUUCAUCCUCAAUCAGAAACACAAAACAGUAAAGAAGAACAAAAACAAACGGACAGAAUAUCAACAACAACACCAGCUGUAUCCACAACUUCAUUAUUAAUGAUCCCAGAGACAACAACAUCAAGGAUUCGGUCGCGACAGAGAUCCAGAUGGUUUUUUCUUUAUGCUUUAGGACGCAACCCAACUCGUCUGCCUCAUUAUCCCUACUAACUUUCAACAUACUUUGUCUCAAAAAUAUAUGUCACAUUUAUAUUGUUGGUAUUGUUUUUUGUUUAUUAUAUAAAUGUAGACGCCGAUUGUUGUAGCGUGUAUUUUUAUUGAUAUAUUUUUUUUAGAAUUUGAGAAAACAUUUAUAAUAAUG